AUGGAGUCCCCAAGGUCCCCGCCUCCACCAAAACCGUUCACCGCACUCGAACACUCUACUGAUGCGAAAUUUCACCUUCUUCUCGCAUGCACCGGUUCUGUCGCAACUAUAAAGCUUCCACUUAUCGCCUCUACCCUCUCCGAACGGUACGGCAACACCCUCAGCAUUCAUGUCAUCCUCACAUCAUCAGCUGCCAAAUUCCUACAAAACCCAUUCAAUAUCGAGGGUGUACAUAGGGUUUGGACUGACGAUGAUGAAUGGAGCUUCCCCCAUAACAAGAGCGGAACAUGGGAGCGCGGCGAUCCAGUGCUGCAUAUUGAGCUGAGAAGAUGGGCGGAUAUGAUGGUUAUUGCGCCGCUGUCUGCGAAUAGUAUGGCGAAGGUUGUGGGGGGAUUAUGCGAUAACUUACUUUUGAGUGUAGCGAGGGCUUGGGAUACGACUGUGCAGCCGGGCUCAGCUGGAAAAAAGAUCAUUGUAGCACCAGCAAUGAAUACAGCGAUGUGGAAUCAUCCGGUUACGGCACAACACAUUGCGACUUUGGAGAAAUGGGAGUGGAUGGAGGUUUUGAGGCCAGUGGAGAAAACACUGGCCUGCGGAGACAUUGGUUCAGGGGCCAUGAGGGAAUGGCAAGAUAUCGUUGCCUUGGUGGAGGAAAAUUCUGGGUUGAGUUUGUCGUCCUAG